CACUCAGCACACCUCCGCGGCGAUGGAGCAGACGCGAGCCUCCCUCUCCAGCAUGGAGCACCUCACCUCAGCGCCCCCCGCCGCCCUGGUCCUCUGCCUGGUCCUCGUCUCCUUCCACUCGGCUUGCUUGGCAGAAGCAAGCCGUGGCAACAGCUCCACCGUGACCGACCACCACCCAGAUGCCGAGACUCUGGAGCAGUGCCACAACGUGGACUUCUGCCAGCAAGCCUCCCGCUGUUGCCGCAUCGGCGUGGAUGAGUACGGCUGGAUCGCGGCUGCCGUUGGCUGGAGUCUCUGGUUCCUCACCCUCAUCCUGCUCUGCGUGGACAAGCUGAUGAAGCUGACUCCAGAUGAGCCCAAGGACUUGCCUGCAUGAGCUGGAGAAUCAGCCGCAAGAAGGCCAACCACCACCCAACCACGGCUAACAGCAGGAAUGCAGCAGUGCCUGUGUGGUGUCUGGUGAGAAGUCAUGCUCACCUUUAAACAUCAGCUACUUCCACAAGGGAAGAACGGGGGUCCCAUACAAGGAAAGGCCAGUGCUGCUCAUUUCAAAGGUACGUGGGCCCGUCUUGAGCUGGGAUCGUCUCCUUUCUAAAGACAGUCUCUGUGGGACUGGCUUCUGGGUUUAGCCAUCGCUUCCCUCUGCGCUCCAAGGGGGCUGCACAGGAACCCCGAGACCUGGUCUGUUAGUCGACACACUUGAAAUAAAACUUGUAUCCUUCUCACCGAA